AUGAACAACAAGGAUCUUUGGGGAAUUUUAAAGACGGUGCUUUGGUGGACCUGGACUGCGGCAUUCUUGGCAGGGCUUGGACUUGAAAGCACCGUCGAGAACUUGAACCAGGCGGUCGCGAAUGUGAGCAAACGCUUGAAGUUGGACACACAGGUGGCUUCUGCUUGGGCUUCUGUGCUCAGGAUGAGGUGGGCGAGGGCGCAGGAGGCCGAAGAGAAAAAUCUAGCUGAAGAAAGUGACGAUGUCCACGGCAGAACCCUGGAUGCUGCAGAGGCGGCUGGUGUGCUGCGCGGCAUGAAAGGCGGGGGCGUGAAUGUGGCGGAGGCUGCUCACAAGAAGGUGGCCGCAGCGGUCGCAGCAGUCGCGAAGGCUAAGUCUGGAGAUCCUUCAGCUCGAGGUCGCGGGUCGUCCAAUCGGCAACGACAACUGAGACGACAGUUCUUUGAGGAGGAUGAUGCCGACUGCGGGGAAUCAUGGAAAUGGCAGGUGCCCCAGGCCGCCUGGGACAGACUUUGUCGCGAUACCUUGCGCAGCCUUUGUCCAGAGACGACUUUGCGGUUGGCCCCAGGGGCUGCUUCGUUGCUUCUCGUUGCAGCAACGAACGUGAUGGUGCAGGUGAUGGCGGACGGAAAGGCCUUGCAAGACCACGCGCGCCGUACCACUUUGUUUCCCCAAGACCUUCAACUUGUACUCAGUCUUCGCCGAUCCUGGGGCGACCUUACAUUGGCGCCUGGGCGGAAAGUUGCAGACGAGGCUGCGAUUAGGGCUUCCACUGUACUUGCCCAUGAAAGGGUUUCUGGGUUUGGGGUUUUGCGUCUUGUCGCCCACGCAGCUCCAGAAUAG